GGGCACCUUCCUCCCACACCACAGUCUCUUCUGCUGCAGACAUGACUGGCGUCCUGGUGAAGACUUGCCUGCUGGGGGCUCUAGCCCUCACCCUCCUCCAGUCAGGGGCGGAGGCGCAGUGUGAGAACAUGGUGGUGGUCAACAAGUGGCAGGGCAACUACCAGGCCGAGUUUACUGCCAAGGCUCCCGUAGACAUUAACGGUCUCACUCUGAAGCUGACCUUCAGCACUCCUGUGGAUCUAGUCGAUUACUACGAGGGGCAGGUGACCAAGGAAGACGACGAGCACUUCACGCUCAACGGCAACAACGUCAAUGUGAAAGCAGGAGACGAGAUCAAAUUAACCAUCCAGGUGCACUACUCCGGUGUGAUGCCUCUCGUCAUCAAUGAAGUGCUGAACGGUAUGGAGAUAUGCGAUGCGUCUUUCACAACACCCGCACCCAUGGGGAACCCUUGUGAUGAAACGGGUAUGAAGCCCUUUGACUACAGCCAGGUACUGUGUAUGUCGUACGUGUUCUACGAGGCCCAGCGGUCAGGUCCUCUGCCUGUAGAUCAGCGCGUCACUUGGCGAGGCGACUCUGCUCUGGACGACGGCUCCGACAAUGGCGAAGACCUUACUGGCGGCUACUACGACGCUGGUGACCACGUCAAGUUCGGAUUUCCCAUGGCCUACACCGCUACCGUCUUGGCUUGGGGCCUCAUAGAUUUCGCCGACGGACACGAAACUGCCGGUCAGAUGGAGUACGGUAAGGCAGCGCUCAAGUGGGCCACCGACUACUUCCUCAAGGCUCACACUGCCAAAGACGAAUUCUACGGCCAGGUGGGUAAUGGCGGAAUAGACCACGCUUACUGGGGACGACCUGAGGACAUGACCAUGAAGCGACCUUCCUAUAAGAUUGAUGACGCUCACCCAGGAACUGAGUUAGCUGCUGAGACAGCAGCUGCCCUCGCCGCUGCAUCCAUGGUUUUCUCGGAAGAUAACCCAACCUACUCUUCGGAGAUGUUAGACGUGGCCAAGGAACUCUACGACUUCGGCGACAAAUUCCGUCUCACCUACGACAAAUCCAUCACCGACGCCACCAGCUACUACCACUCGUGGAGUGGAUACGGUGACGAACUUUGCUGGGCGGCUCUGUGGCUGGCACGAGCAACAGGCGACGACGAAUACCUCACCCGCGCCCGUGGCCACUGGGACGAGUUCGAUCUUGGGUCAGGAGAAGUUAAACAGUUCUCUUGGGACGACAAGAGGCCUGGAGUCUUUUCACUCUUCUGGACGCUGGACGGCUCCAGUGACUAUUCUGACCCCCUGAAGACCUAUCUGGAUUGGCUGAAGAACGGUGCUCUGUACACUCCAGAGGGUCUGGUCUACCUUGAUGACUGGGGCUCCAACCGUCAUGCUGCUAACGUUGCUUUCAUCUCUCUAUAUGCCGCCAAGAACGGCAUGGACACAGAAGCCAACCAGAAGUGGGCGAGGGAACAGAUUGGUCAACUGCUGGGCGCCAACUCCCGUUACCACAGGUCGUUCGUGGUGGGCUUCGGCGAGGACCCCCCUGAGAGGCCCCACCACCGCUCCAGCUCCUGCCCGAACCCUCCAGCAGACUGCUCUGGUGCCCUCGGCAACCCCGGUCCUAACCCCCACGUCCUCUACGGUGCCCUCGUCGGAGGACCAGCCCAGAGCGGAGCGUACGAGGACAACCGCGAGGACUACCAGCACAACGAGGUGGCCUGCGACUACAACGCUGCCUUCACCGGAGCUCUGGCCGCCCUCGUCGAGAUUAGUUAGAUUUAUUAACCUGAUGUACACCUUCCUAGGAAUUAAUUCAGCGACUCUGUAUCUUCUUUGCUUAUCACUUCCAUCUGUAUUUCUUCUCGCAGUCUCUAUCAGUAUUAACCUGCCUAUGUAAAUGAUGAAGAGUUAAUAAAUGCAGCAGAAAUAUAA